AUGACUAUCCCUUCCAGCAAAGAACCGUUCCAGAACUCAUCAGGCCCUCCACUGCCGGCCAGGGCGCCCGAUCUCUUCUCCUUAGCAGGCAAGAUGUGCGUAAUCACAGGCGCAGCAGGAGGAAUCGGAUUAGCCGUUGCAGAAGCCUAUGCCCAGUCCGGAGCAAGCGUUGCCUUGUGGGACCUUGAUCCGCCCGUCAAGGCAGCCGCGAGCAUAGCAGACGAGAACGGUGUGAAAGCAAAGGCCUACGGCGGCGACGUCACAGACGCAGCCACCGUGGACCGCGUUGUGGACGAAAUAGUGGCCGAUUUCGGCACAAUCGAUGUUUUUGUGGCCAAUGCAGGCGUCAACAUCCCUUCUGGAAACAUUCUGAGUGAGCUCAACAGAGAUGGAAAGAGAUGGAACAGGGUUGUCGACAUCAACUUGAACGGGGUGUUCUACUGCGCGAGGGCCGUUGGCCGUGUCUUUGCAAAAGCAGGCAAGGGCUCGCUGAUUUUUACUGGCUCCAUGUCGGGUCACAUUGUCAACACCCCGAUUGAGCAUUCGGCUUACAACGCCUCCAAGGCCGCGGUGAUCCAUCUGGCCAAGUCGCUGGCCGUUGAGUUCCGCGGUUUUGCGCGGGUCAACUCUGUGUCACCUGGCUACAUUGACACGGGCAUUAAUGGCUACGUGGACCCAGACAUUCGUCGCAAGUGGCAGGAAGAAAUCCCUCUAGGAAGAGAGGGCCAGGUCAAGGAGAUUGUCGGCGCAUACGUGUUCUUUGCGUCAGACGCCUCGACCUACGCAACAGGAUCUGAUCUGAUUGUUGAUGGCGGAUACACCAUCCGAUAA